AUGAGGGAUCUUUACGUCUCAGACCUACUCACACGAGGUACUAGCGAAUGGAACCGCCCUUUGAUUGAGUCCAUCCUCUCUGAUCUGGCACCUGAUAUCUAUCUCAUCAAACCGAUCAUCUAUAUGGCUGAGGAUACAUACUGCUGGCUCAAAACAAAAACAGGAUCAUGCAGUGUAAAAUCUGGUUACUACGCACAAAGGGAAGAGUCUACAACCCAAGUUACACUUCAACAAGCUAUUACCUCCUUUAACUGGCAGAAGUUCGUAUGGAGAGAAAUGACAUCCCCAAAGCUUAAGCUUUUCAUAUGGAAGCUGUGUCGUGGCGCCCUUCCACUGGGAACUAAUCUUCAGGGCCGUGGGAUUAUCACAGACGGCUCUUGCCCACACUGCACUCAGCCGGAAACAGCCCUGCAUCUGUUCUUCCUUUGCCCUUUCGCAAGACAAGAGUGGAACCUUGCUCCUUUCCACUCAGUACCGAACUUCGCCACAGCCGCUUCACUCCAUGAUUGCUUUGCAUUCAUGUCGACUCUGCUAUGCUUACCGCCAACGGGUAUUUCAAGCAACCUCUCCCCUUGGAUCCUCUGGGGGAUUUGGACAUCACGAAACCUGAUUUUGUUUGAGAAUAAGUCAGUUACGGCGCGAUCUAUGGUAGUGAAUGCAGUGGUAGCAGCUCGCGAAUGGCUACUUGCGCAGGUGGUAAACACAACAAAGAGCUCUCCUACACAAACAGGUAAUGAGACACCCCCUACCAACCCUGAUGUGAUCUACUGCAAUACAGAUGCGGCAUGGUCUGUUUCGAGAAGAGCAGGGCUCGGGUGGUGCUUCAAAAAUGCAGCUCAUAGCGUCUACUCGGAAGGCUCGCGGGCAAUCGAUCACAUAUCCUCUCCCCUCAUGGCGGAAGCGCUGGCUAUGAGAGAAGCAAUGCAGGAAGCUAAGCGCACAUCUCUCCUUAACGUCUGGUUUCGAACCGACUCACAAGAGCUCGCGAGAGCUAUAAACUCGAAGUCAUAUCCGGUGGAGAUUUUUGGAGUUCUCAUGGAUAUCGAGCUACUAUCUUCAUCCUUCUCAUUUGUCUUUAUCUCUUUUAUUGGUCGCGAACAUAAUGGUGUAGUGGACUCCCUUGCGAAGUCUGCUCUCCAAAACCAUGUCUCGACUUUGUAUUGA